AUGGAGUUUGUCAAGCAGUUGUUUGACACCUUUGCCAGAGAUCCCGAACCUCUUCACUUGGGCUGCCUACGCAACAAAAACGAUACGAACCCUGACUUAUCGGAUGUGGAGCUAUUCGGUGCCCUACCAACAGGAGAUUUGUGGGAAGAUGCGAACCUGCCUUCAGUCUACUUCUACCUCAGACGAAAUCGAUAUCUGGUGAUACCUCCUUCGUGGGCAGCCCAAAUCGAACUCUUUGAUAAAGAACUGGAUGCCAAGGCUGCCGAAGCCAACCUCCAGGAGCUUCAGCAACAGCUGUCGCAGACAGCCCCCGAGCCCAUCCCAGCUGCUCAACCAGGUGCUCCGGCUUUCGCUACUGCCAGUGGCAACUUCGAGGCCGGCAAUGCCAAGAAGAGUCUAGGCCGGAGCCACACCGAACAGAUGCUCCGGGCAUCCUCGAAGUUUGGGCUCAGUGAGCCCACAGAGAUCGCCACGACCCCGCGAAAGCACUCCCCUUCUGAGACCGUCAAUAUUGAGGACAGCCCGGCCGGGAAACAGUUGUUCGCAAGCAACAGACGAAGCCCCAAGUCGAAGCCCACUGCCAAAGCUGCACCAAAGCCCGAGGGCUACUGGAAGCUACUUGUCGAAACAGUGGUUCGUCGCCACUUCAUGCCCAACGCCAAGGGAGAGGUCAAGGUCACCCCGAGAGUGCUUGAGAUGGGUGAGCAGCUACGAAAGCUGCUCCUCGAGCAUGGGUCCUUCGACAAAAUCGAGGGAGUUUUGGAGAGGUGGCACAUCCAGAAGAAGCAGUCUCAGGAGAACGGCGGUACGGUCACGAAGCAGUGGCUCAUCGAUGUGCGGAAGUACUCAUCGACCAUGGCGGAUAAUGCCUUUGACUGGGCAAGGCGCCAUGGAAGAGUCUACAAGUCUGAGAUCCAUGGCGAAGAGGAAGCGGAUAUCCCACUCGAGAUGCUUUGGUCUAAGACCAAGGAGACAGGCAACAAGACGAGCUUCAACAGUGCCUUCAGUAUGGAAGAUCCAGACGGUGCCCUUCUGGAUGAGAAGAACGAGGACCUGGGCAAGUCGAGCAUAUCGGCUGCCCAGAAGCCCUCUGAUUCUGUGGCUACAGCCCAGGCUGGAGCUUCCUUCAAGAUGUGCUUCCCCAGCCUGCAGCAGAAUUCCUCGCCCCUUACCCUCUUGUCCUCCUACAUCUGUGUGCUCGGCAAGAAGAUCGAUCUUGCUGAAAAAGAGAAGGACAAGCUGUCGGCCAAGACUGCUGGCGGCAAGCCGAUGGGCAAAGCCUCGGAGUUGUGCAAGAAUCUCGACUGCUGUCUGACUGACAUGAACACCUGCUACAAAGAGCUCACGGAUGUGCAAGCCAGUCCUGCAACCACGUGCGAUGACCAAGAGGAUGGCCUCGUGGAUGAGUUGCUGACGGGCGACUGGGUUUGGCUGCGAAAAGCCUACUGUCUUAUCACUGGCUUCUCGAGCAACCGAGUGUGCCAUUUCUGUGAGCAGGAGGAUUGGUACAACUCGACCUCCACAUCUGACAUCCGCCAGUGGACAAGAGACGUCAUUGAUGAAGCCGAAGAUCCCUGGAAGGAUGAGCUAAGCCCACUCCGUAACAUCCCAGGAGCUGAGGACCCCUGGAGAGUUCGAACUGACCCUGUCCACACAUUCCAUAUUCAGGGAGUCGGCUCUUCAACGGCUACUUCGGCUAUCGUUUUGCUUUCGCGGCUGCAACUGUUUGCUGGCAGAUCUACGCAGGACAGACUUGAUGCCAUGUACGAUAAUUUCAUCGCUUGGUGCUCCAAAGCCGGCAAAUCCACCAGCCUCGAUGGAUUUUCUUUGCUGAAAUUCAAGAUGAAGACGCCACUGACCUGA